AUGGCCAAAAAGAAGAAGGGAAAGAAGGGAGCUACCAAUCGACUGCCGGCCAAUUCAGUGGUGCCCGACAUUGACAACGGGAGUAGCAGCAACCUACCUGGAGGUGACGGUUCGUCUGCACUCCCCGAAAAUGUCGAACCUAAGCUAUCAUUUAAAUAUCAAACAUAUGAUUGGCACACUGGUCAAUUUAAAGACUGCCCUAUAUCAUCGUUAUAUUCUUCCCCACCAUCAGAUGACGGUAAUGGUGAACCUACCGCUGACGCAGAACCAAAAAAGGACGUCCCCUUGGACCAACAACCACAAUAUGCACCAGCGGCUGAUGUUGAUGCUGGAAAAGAUGCUCCUGGAACAUCCCCAGGUAUAACGGAAAAUGAGACUUCCGAGGAGACCCAAAAGACAGCAGAGGAGGAAAAACCAAACGAAGGAACGCCGUCUACAGAAGACAGGCCGGGGGAAGAGACGGCAAAAGAAGCUCCAGCUACGGAAGAUCCUCCUUCUGAAGGAGCUCCUGCUGAAGAAAAUGCUGUUCUGGAAGAGGCCCCGGUAAAAGAGGAACCAGCAACAGAAGCUCCAGCUGCAGAAAAUCCUCCUUCUGAAGAAGUUCUCUCCGAAGAAAAACCGGCUGCGGAAGAGACUGCGGUGGAACAGGAGCCGGUAAUAGAAACACCGGCUUCAGAAGGUCCGUCUGCUAAAGAAGCCCCAGCCCCCGAAGAAAACACACCUGCAGAAGCGGCCCCAGCUGAAGAAAACUCAGUUUCAGAAGAGACCCAAACAGAACAAGAGCCACCAGCAAAAGUGCCAGCUGUGGAAGAGUCACCUGCUGAAGAAACAUCUGCUCCGGGAGAAUUACCUGCUGAGGAGACCCCGAUCGACGAAGCUCCAGCCGCCGAAGAGACUCCAACUGCGGAUGAGGUUGAGAAGGAGCCUGCAGAAGAGGCACUGACAAAAGAGAUAAGCACAGAAGAGGACCCCACAGAGAAGCCAGCAGCUGCAGAAGAACCAUCUGUUGAGAAACAUGCCCCGAAGAGGCUCCUGUCGGAAAAGAGUCUCCUGUAG